AUGGAUUAUUUUAAAUUCAUGAAUGAAGAGGAAAUACCCGAUCGUUUCAGAGAAAAGAUAGAUGGAUUAGUGACGAAAGAAUUUGCUAAUAUAAAAAAAGAGCAUGUUCAUCCCGAAGUACGAGAUAUACUUGCUAAGAGCAGGGGCUCUGCCAAGAGUAUUGAAGGAUUUUCCGAAGAAUUGAAAAACCUACAGCGAUGUGGUAACGACAAAAAGCGAACAUCAGGUUAUGACGAUUACGAUGACGAUGAUACUUUGUUUCUGCAAGAAUACAAAAAUAAAUACCCCAGGAUUGACACUUCCAGAUACGUGCCGCAUGCGUCUGCCGACACCAGCUUGUUGGGAAUAGCGAGCUCCUAUUUGAAACACCAGGAAAUAAUUUUGCGUACGCUUCUACCACAGACCAUAUCGAAUCAGUGGAUGAUUAACAAUGAUCAAAUCCAGCAAACGUCUAGGAUAGUGGAAGACAUGAGCAGCCAGCAGAGGAAACAGAUCAGUGAUUUGGAGACAUACAGAGAGGGGCUGCAACGUCGGUAUGAGCCCAUGUUUUCUAAAGUGACGGGGCGAAACGAGGAAAACCAUUGA